AUGGGCUUCUUCUUUCACCGCUCCCCGGCGGCUCUGAAGAAGGGCAAGGUGGUGCUCUUUGGCUGCAGCAACGCGGUAGGCCAGCCGCUUUCGCUCCUACUCAAGGUGAACCCGCACGUAGAGGAGCUUGUGUGCUGCAGCACCCCCGCUGACGGCGACAUGCCCGGCUCCGGCAUCGCCGCAGACAUCUCUCACAUUGACACACUGCCGAAAGUGCAUUACGCCACCGACGAGGGGCAGUGGCCGGCGCUGCUGCGCGAUGCACAACUUAUCCUUCUGUGUUUCGGCAGCAGCUUCGACCCGCUCCGCCAAGACAGAGACAUAGCCCUCAAAGCAGCCGCUCCGACGAUGCGUCGCGUCAUGGCCGCCGUCGCGUCCUCUGACACGAAGGGAAACGUGGCUGUCGUGUCGAGUCCUGUGAAUGCCCUCACCCCGCUCUGUGCAGAGCUUCUGAAGGCGUCGGGAAAGUUUGACCCCCGCAAGCUGUUCGGCGUCACCACGCUCGAUGUGAUACGGACUCGGAAGCUGGUGGCAGGAACGCUGCACAUGAACCCAUACGACGUGAACGUGCCCGUUGUGGGAGGGCGUGGCGGCGUGACGGCGUGUCCGCUGAUUGCCCAGACUGGCCUUCGUAUCCCUCUUGAGGACAUUCUUCGCAUAUCCGGCGAGGUGCAGAGCUACGGGGUACCUUUUGAAGUCGCAGCGGGUGCGGACUCGCACGACGCACUGAGCACGGAGGUCGCACCGCCGGUGGCUCUCGGGCUUGCUUACGCCGCCUGCGACUUCUCCACGUCACUGCUCAAGGCGCUUCGCGGCGAUGUCGGAAUCGUCGAGUGUGCUCUAGUGGAGUCCACGAUAAGGUCCGAGACGCCGUUCUUCAGCUCACGAGUGGAGCUGGGUCGUGAGGGCGUGCAACGCAUUUUUCCUAUGGGCGCACUGACGUCCUAUGAGCACGAGCUCAUCGAGAGAGCAGUGCCGGAAUUGACGAGGGAUGUGCAGGCAGGGAUCGAGGCUGCCACGAAGUUUUGA